GCAGCGGCGCACUCGCACGUCAAUGUCGCGACCUCCGCGGGCGACGCCGCCGCGUACAUGGCGCUCGUGGACCGCAGCAACGAGGCCACCAAGCUGGUGAGGGCCAACAAGCUGCGCGAGGCCGAGGCGCUGCUGCGCGACGUGCUGCGCCGCAAGCCCGCGGCGGGCUUCGACGCGCUGUCCGUGGCGCUCACGCAGCACGAGCUGGGCGGCGUCCUGCGGCAGCUGGGGCAGCUGGACGAGGCGCUGGAGCUGCUCUCGGCCGCGCUGGAGGUGCGCGACCGCGCGGACGAGGCGGCGGGCAUCCGCAUCGAGCUGCGGGACGGCAACCUCACGCGGGACGAGAUCGGCAAGGUGUACGAGGCCAAGGGCGACUGCGAGCGCGCCAAGGAGGUGCGCCAAGUGGGCAAGCGCAUCUGCGCCAACGAGGCGUGCGAGGCGCUCGACUACGAGAAGGUGCAGGCCUGCACGCGCUGCCGAUGCGUCUACUACUGCGGCAAGACAUGCCAAAAAGCAGACUGGAAGAGCCGCCACAGCGCGCUCUGUCGGCCGGCCAAGAAGGCGUAGGACGGCACAAGGCGAUGGAGACUUUAACGUUAUUUCGCAGGGGCGGAGGACGCAGGGAGAAGCAAGAAUUGGUACGCUAACAAGCAGCAAGGCAAGGACGGCAUGGUGAUGAUCUAUAAACGAUUCUUGUUUAG